AUGAAAGAAAAACAAAAUACAGGUCGUUGGAGUAAAGAGGAAGAUAAGAUGUUGAUUGAAUAUGUACGCAGAAAUGGUCCAAGAAAUUGGAAAGAUGCUUCUGAUUAUGUAAAAAAUCGAAAUCCUAAGCAAUGUAGGGAAAGAUGGGAUGGGCAUCUUAAACCUGGUAUAAAUAAAAAACCAUUUAAUCGUAAAGAGGAAUUGGAAAUCAUUAGAUUACGUGAAAGAGAACAUAGCAGAUGGAGAGAUAUCGCAAAAAAAAUUGGAAACGGUAGAACCCCCAAUGCUAUUAAGAAUAUUUACACGCAACAACUAUCUAAAAGAGUACGCAGACCAUUAAGAAUAGAAGGUUAUAUAAAAGGUUUCAAAAAUAACACAAAGCCAAAAAUUUCUGUCAUUAAAGAAAGUCAUCCACAUAUGAAGUUAAGUUACAUUACAAAUUGA